ACACACACACACACAGACCGUCGCUGCACCGGGUCCGGUUCAGAUCCGGUUCAGAUCCGGAGGACUGAUCGAUCCACUGAUCGAUCCGCAGCUCGAGGACGGAAUCAAUUCAUCAGAUGAAACCAUGGCAACGGAUUAUUAUUAUGGUCUGCAGAUGAAGCACCGACACAUCACCGACUGAUCAGGUCUGCAGCAUGUCUUCCUCCUCCUCCUCCUCCUCCUCCUCUUCCUCGGAGCUGCCCUACUUCUGUCCUCGCUGUGGGGACGAGUCUCGGUUUUCGUCGGUACCUGAGCUCCGGGCUCACCUGGUCAGCCGACACACCUACGAGACCCUGCUGGUGCUGUCGCAGGCUCGGGUCAGAAGCUCCAGAUCUGGUGCUCUGCUCCCGUUCCCCGGCCAAGCUGUCCCCCAGAGACAGAGCUCCUCUCUGGGCAUGGAGGCUCCUGGCCUCCCCCUGCCGCUGGCCUGCCUCGAUCUGGCCUCGUCGGCGGCCUCCGUCCGAUUGCUCAAGGAAAUGUUCGGCCCUUCGGAUCGCGCUCUCCCGUCUUCUGUGGGACAUCCAGAGGACCCCUCCACCGCUCUGGCCCUCCCCGGCUCUCUGGAGCCGUACCCCGGGCAGAACCUGGGCCGGGUCGGGGUCGGGGUCCAGCUGGGCCUGGAGUUCGGGUUGUCGCUGGGCAUCGGGCUGGAGGAGAGACUCGGGCUGGGGCUCGAUCGGAAAAUCGCCCGCACGUUUGCGGAGGUGGAGGAGCGGGUGAACCGCCGCGUGGGCCGGCUGAAGGCGGAGCUACAGAGGAGGGAGGCGGAGCUAGAGCGGGAGAGGCGGGGCGGCGAGCGGCUGAAGAGUGAGAAACAGGAAGUGGAGGAGAGGGCGACGUACCUGUCCAGACAGGUCUCUGCUGCCGUGGAGAUGAUGGAGCGACUAAAGAACGAUCUGGAAGGAAAAGAGAAAGAACUGAGUGAACGACAACAGGAGAUGGUGGACGUCGAGUGUUUUCUGAGGGAGACUGCAGAGAAAGAGGCCGAGGCCAAAUCCAGACUGCAGGUGUUCAUCGAGACGUUGUUGGAUCGAGCUGACCGAGCUGAGAGACAGUUACUGCUGCUGCGCUCACACACACAUCACAACCACUACACACAUCACCAUGACGACGACGACGUCAACGCGUACACACUCACCGAGGGAUACACACCUGUAGCGGGCCGAGGGGGACGCAGUCUGGACGGCAGCGCCGAUGACAUCAUCGCAGACAAGAUGCAGGAGGGGCCCAUCGGCAACCGGAGGAGUUACAGCGUCUCGGGCUCCUACAGACUGGGAGAGCAGCUGUACAGCCACCAUCCCUACAGUGGACUGACUGGUCAGAUGAGGACCUUGUCUCUGGGUUCAGGGGGCUGGGACGGCGAGGGGGGGCUGGGCCUCCCUCACUCCCAUCACUACGCUUCACCCUGGACUCGGCGAGACGGGAGGACAGACGGACUGUGGGUCGGGGAGGGAGGAAGUGGGAGAACGUGGAGCGAAAGACACCGUCGCCACUACAGCACUGAAGAAGAGGAGGAGGAGGAGGAGGAAGAUGAAGAAGAAGAAGAGGAUGAAGAAGAAGCAGAGGAGGAGGGAUUCUGGAGCAGCGCUGAGAUGAGGAGACUUGUCUUCGCCAGGACGCACACACCUGGUUCAGAAGCCCCCUCCUCCUCCCUCCGCUCCAAGCCCUCCCGUCGUCACGGCGACAGACAGCUGGGGGCGGACACCUUGAGGCUGAGGGCGGGGCUUUUCUGCGUGUUUCCGUAUUUGGACGUGCGCUCCCUGCUGCGCGCGGCCGAGGUCUGCUCCGAUUGGCGGUUUGUCGCCAGGCACCCGGCGGUUUGGACUCGCCUCCGGCUGGAGAACGCCAGAGUCUCGGACGAGUUCCUGACCACUCUGUCUCAGUGGUGUACUCAGACUCAGUCCGUGGUUCUGAACAACCUGAAGCCUCGAAGCAGACGAGCCGACGAGCCGCGGGAGGAUUACCACGACAACACACGAGGCAGCGUGGAGCCGGGGGUGGAGGCCCUGCUGAGGUCAGCGGGGGGGAGUCUGCUCCACCUGUCUGUCUCUCAGUGUCCUCACAUCCUCACCGACAGGACGCUGUGGCUCGCCAGCUGCUACAGCAGGAACCUGCAGACACUCACAUACAGGAGCUCAUCAGAUCCUCUCGGUCAUGAGGUUCUCUGGGCCCUGGGUGCAGGCUGCAGGAACAUCAGCAGCCUGCAGGUGGCGCCGGCUGACCCCUGCCAACAACCCACUCGCUUUGGAAACCGCUGCCUGCAGACGAUUGGUCGAUGCUGGCCGCACCUCCGCUCGCUCAGUGUGGGCGGGGCCGGCUGUGGGACUCAGGGAUUGGUCGCUUUGGUGCGUACCUGUGCUCACCUGCAGGUGUUGGAGUUGGAGCGUAUUACCGACCUCGGCCUGCAGGCGGCGACAGAGCUGUGUAGAGCCGGACUGAAGAGUCUGGAGACGCUGAUCCUGACUCACACGCCCGUCAGCGGUCAGGCCAUCCUGCACCUCCACAGUAUGUGUGAUAACAUCAGAUCCAUCAUGGUCGAGGUCGCUGCUUCGGAUUACUUUGAGGAGCCGGACUCUCAGGAAGCUCAACAUCUGUUUGGUGAAAUUCUCAACACGCUGAAGGUUCUCCAGAAGCGUCCUGGACUGUGUGACGUCUUGCAGAUUAAAGCUGAAGGACUCUGCUGACCUCAACCUAAAUCUACCCUUAACCCUGAAGCCAACGGUCCAUCCCGACUAUCCCAACAGUAUUAGCUUGUGUGACGUAUUCCCAGUGGUGGAAUGUAACUAAGUACAUUUACUUGAGUACUGUACUGUACUGACACCUAACUCUAACUGCCCUUUGAAUAAGUGAUGAACCUUAACUUAACCCUUUACACAAACUUCAUUUCACUUAAAUUAACUUGUUUUUCUACCACAGUUAAGUCUUCUUUUUGCACUGUAUAUAGAAAACCCUUUAUCCUGUAACCCUUAAUAUCCCCUUAACACAAACCUUUACCUUAAUUAUGUUAAACAAUACUGUAAAAACAAACUCUUCUUUUCUUACUCUAUUUUUGACUAAACCUGAUCCAAAUAAAGUUUAACCUUAAACUCUUUAACAAAGCUUCCCAUCACAGCUUCACUUCGCCUGUUCUCCAUUAAUAAACCCUUAAUCCUAGCUUUACUUUUACUUGGCUACCCUUCAAGUGUUAAGAUGAAGAUCCAGCCAACAGUAUUAGCAAUUUAAAAAGCCAUAACUCUUGUACUGAAGUCAUAGAACACCUUUAUGCUUACCUUAAGAUUCAAUUAAAACCUUCUUAUUUAGCUUUACACUAAAAACAAGCACAAGCACAUGUACGCACAAAUAUAUUUGCACACCGACUCAUGCACCAAAGACAUCAAUCAAUCAAUCAAUCAGAAGUGUUGGAGUUGUUGAUGAAAAAGUGAAUCCAUCAGGUGUCUUUAUACGACUUAAAGGAGCUACGUGUCAUUUUAUCAUCAAUAAAUCAUUUUCUUGGAGA